AUGUCCGAAGAGGGAGCUCCGGGCUAUACCAGCCUGGCAGAUCCCGCUUUGCUGGACAAGAUAGACAGUCUAUUCGCAUGCAACGUCGGAGAAUACAUCAAUCUUCCCCAGCUAGUUGUCGUGGGUGACCAGUCCAGUGGCAAAAGUUCCGUCCUCGAGGGUCUCACCCGGCUGCCAUUCCCCCGCGACAGCGGGCUGUGCACUCGUUUCGCAACUCAGCUCAUCUUUCGCCGUAAUAAAAACCUUACGACCAGAAGGAUCUCUUCGUCGAUUAUUCCCGCGUCAGACUCACAUCCAACAAGGGCUGGAGAGCUACAGGCUUGGGGUGCAAGCUUUGAGGGCAGCCUAAGCCCAGUCGCUUUUGCUGCAAUACUCGAGGAGGCGCACAGACUGAUGGGUGUCUCCACUCGUGACAAGCCUACCAGGUUGACAUUUUCCAAAGACAUAUUCCGGCUGGAAAUCUGCGGACCUGACGAGGACCAUCUCAGCGUUAUUGACGUCCCUGGCAUCUUCAAGUUGACUACACCAGGACGCACAACCAAAGCUGACAUACAGCUCGUGAGGGAGAUGGUCUUGGGAUACAUGAAAAAUCCGCGGUCCAUCUUAUUGACGGUCGUCGCGGCAAAUGUCGACGUGGCGAACCAAGAGAUCAUCGAGAUGGCACGGGAGGUAGAUCCCGACGGAGAGCGGACCCUAGGGGUCUUGACUAAACCCGACCUCGUCGACAAAGGGGCUGAGCAGAAGAUCCUGGACAUCAUCGCUGGGCGAGAGCUCCCCUUGAAAUAUGGUUGGAUUCUGGUUCGAAACCUGGGGCAAAGAGAGAUGGAGAAAGGGACUGUUGACAGAGACACUGCAGAAGCCGAGUUUGGUAAGACUGAGUUGUGGAACACAGUCGCCGCGGACAGAUAUGGCAUAAGCUCCUUGAAAACGCGCUUGCAGGAGACGGUCACCGAGAAUGCCAGAAGGGCAUUUCCUCUUGUCCGAGCCGAGAUCAGCAAAAAGCUCAAGGACGCCAAAACAAGCUUGGAUAUGCUGGGAAGUGAGAGAGAUACCACCAGCCAGCAAUUAAGAUAUCUUCUCGAUGCGGUGACCAGGUUCAAUAUUAUCACAACCCAAGCUCUAAGCACCCAUUAUGGUGCCGACAAGAACUUUACCAAAUACAAAGAGCUUCGCCUCGCCACUUUGGUUGUCAACCGAGAAGUCUCUUUCGCACGAUCGUUCGAAAAAUGGGGUCAAAAAUACAGAUUCGAGAAAAACAGUAUCCAAGCAUCAAGUUCCCACUCUACGGGGGAGGGAGAUUCUGAUCGCCAUGUUUCCCGUCCUCCCAGAUUCAAGACCCGGAUGACUGAGCCCGUCAUGGAGCUGGAAGAUGUCCUCACUAACCAGGAAAUCAUUGAGAAGCCCUUGAGGCACGGUAUCUAUGAAUGGCUACGAGAUGAAUAUCGCAACUCACGCGGGUUUGAACUCAACAAUUUCAGCAUUACCAUGUUGACCAAUGUCUUCAACAAGCAGACCAUGAAGUGGCAAAGCAUUGCGCUGGGCUAUCUCAGUGAUGUCAUCGUCACCGUCCACAACUUCAUCAUGCGCAAUUUGCAGAUCUGCCUUGCGGAUCGACGGGUCUUUCGCAAUCUGCUGCCGUAUCUAAUGGGCGACUUGCUAGAAGUGUAUCAGGGCGCAAUGGACCAUGUGUGGCUUCUCCUUUACAUUGAGCGGGAGGGCACACUGAAAACCUUGGACCAUUAUUUCAACGACCAACUGCAGACAAUACGCCAGUCUCGGUGGAAGGCCUACGUUGAGGAAAAACAGGUUAACGGAAUCCUCCAUGUUGGCGACCUUGAUUACCGACAGGACAUGAGCAACGAGAGCCACACAGUGCAGGACCUACAUGAUAUCUUAAGGUCAUACUACAAGGUAGCGAUGAAACGGUUGGUGGACAACGUCAGCAUGCAAGCGGCCGAUUACCAUCUGGUGAACGGGCCCAACGCACCGAUGAAGCUGAUUUCGCCCGCCUUCGUGCACAGCUUCUCUGCCGAGACGCUGCAGGAGAUUGCAAAGGAGGAUCUAGCAGUGCGCAGAAGACGGACUCAGCUAAAGAAGCAGAUCGCGGAGCUGGAGAAUGGCAAGCGGCUUUUGGUCUAGGUAGUAGCGGGUAGCGAGG